CCGAUGGACAUCUUCUUCAACCUGGUUCCCGGCACGGCGCCGACAUUUGCGAUCUUGGGUCAAAGCCAGCGUGACGUUGUACGCAGCGUCAUCACUCUCCUCGUAAACGUCCAGUGCGUUGACGACAGAUCGCCCGCGAAUACCAUUACCGAAACGUUCACUGUUCCCUUACUUGACGAGCCUCCGACAUUCGUUUCGGGAAUUCCCGGAACAUCUCCGUCUAUUUCCGACUCGACCGUCAUGGCGACGUCACUUGGUGUAUUCACUGUUACCGACCCCGACACGACGUGCAGUAUUAUGUCACCGGUGACGUCAGUGUAUGAGAUCACACCCUUGAUGUCACCGGCAGAUCCUCAAAAGCCGGGAAUUUAAAGCUGGUUCGGUGGCUGUGCGACGUCAUUGGGGAAGUUCACAACUACGGACCCGGAUACGACAUGUUCUGUGACGUCACCUGUGACAACAGUCUAUGAGAUCAGAAAAAUUGCGUCACCGACCGAUCCCUAGAAACCGGAGUUCGAAGUGUGGAUCAGAAACGCCGUUACCCAGGCGCCUAUCGACUUCAAUGACUAGGCUGUUCCCCUGCCGCUAACAAUGAAGUGCACAGACGGAAACCUUGUCAAUGACAUCACGGGGACGUUUAACGUCAACAUCGUCGACUCGGUAAGUUGCGUUCACGUUUUUAACCCAUGUAUGCCUAGUGGACUCUCCCAUCCUUCUAGAUGGGAUCAAGUUCUUUCCAAAAUUAGGGAUGUACAGUAUAUUUAUAACUAUAGUUAGAAUAUUUCUUACAGAAAUUCAUUUAAGCAAACAGCGCAGACCCUGAUGAGACGCCGCAUCAUUCGACG